AUGCGCUGGGGGAGCAAGAGAUUUGACGAGACCGUCGAUGUCGACGUCGUGUCCGUUGACCCGCAAGCGCAGCUUCAGGCUCAGCUCGACCCGCAGGGCAAGGGGCUCGAGGUCAAGAAGAGCGCAGCGGAGCGCAGGUUCCUGCUCAAGCUCGACAUCUUCCUUCUCACGUAUGGCUGUCUCUCGCAGGUCAUCAAGUACCUCGACCAGACCAACAUCAACACGGCCUAUGUCAGUGGGAUGAGCGAGGCGCUCAACUUCCAUGGCAACGAGCUCAACUACUUUGCCACCUGGUUCAAUGUCGGAUGCCUCGAGCUGCUAUGGGGCAUCUUCACCGGCUGCAUCGCCGCUUGCAAGACGGCUUCUCCGAUCUACGGUCUGCGUGCUCUUAUCGGAGUCGCCGAAUCCUCGUCCAAAGUGGCGUGGUACACGCCUCUUGAGAUGGCCAAGCGCAUCGGCUUCUACCAUUCGUGCCAGGCCGUCGGCUCCAUGCUUUCGGGCGCUUUACAGACGGCUAUCCACGAGAGCCUCGAGGGCAAGCACGGCAUCGCGGGCUGGCAGUGGACGUUCAUCAUCAAUUGCAUCAUGACAAUCUGCCUGGCUCUGAUCGGUCCGCUCAUGAUCCCGGACUUCCCUGAGAAGCCAAACCCGCUCGCCUUCUGGCUCACGGCGGAGGACAAGCAAAUCGCUCAGAUGCGUCUCGAGCGCUUCCGCCGUGUCGACAUCAACCCGAUCAACGCCAAGGCGUUCUGGCGCACAAUCAAAAACCCCGCGCUGUACAUGAUCAUCUACAUUUACGUUGGCAUGCUCAUCGGUGUCUCGGGCAUCAACUACUUCCAGCUCUGGCUCAAGAGUCUCAAGAACCCCGACGGAUCGCCUGUUUGGGGUAUCUCGCAGCUGAACGCUAUCCCCAUGGGCGGAUAUGCUAUGCAGAUGGCAGGCAUUUGGGCGAUUGCCCUUGCGAGUGACUAUUUCAAAACGCGUUGGGUCGUCCUCAUCGCGAUCUGUCUCAUCGGUAUUCCCAGCUGCAUCAUCAUGACGGUUUGGAACGUCCCCAUCGGUGCCAAGUACUAUGCCUUCGCACGGCCCGCCUCUCUGGGCCUGGGUGUCCGAUAUGCUCCCGAUCGACGCUGA